AUGUCUUUUCGAGGAGGAGGUCGCGGUGGCUUUGCCACUGGUGCUAAUCGCGGAGGUUCCUUCGGUGGCCGCGGUGAGAUGGGAUCUUUUAUGCAUGCUUGUGAGGGCGAGAUGGUUUGCGAAUCGAUCAACCCGAAGAUUCCGUAUUUCAAUGCUCCUAUCUACCUAGAGAACAAAACUCCUAUCGGAAAAGUCGACGAGGUUCUUGGCCCCAUCAACCAGGUCUACUUCACCAUCAAGCCCCAGGAAGGAAUUGUCGCAACUUCUUUCAAGCCUGGUGACAAGGUCUACAUCGGUGGGGAUAAGCUCCUGCCUUUGGAGAAGUAUGGGUCACUCCUCUAUGUGUACUUUGCGAACAGUAUUGACCCGAUGAUCAUAGGUUCCUUCCUAAGCCUAAGCCGCCACCGGGUACUGCUAAGCCCAAGAGAGCCGGAGGCGCUGCCAGGGGUGGUGCUCGCGGUGGCAGAGGAGGCCCUCGUGGUGGAGCAAGAGGUGGACGCGGCGGAUUUGGCGCUCCUAGAGGAGGAGGCGGCUUCCGUGGUGGAGCUAGAGGAGGCGGUGGAGGCUUCCGUGGUGGAAGCGGUGGCUUCUCCAGGGGAGGCGGCAGAGGAGGACCUCGUGGAGGUUUCCGACGUUAGACAGUCUCCGUCUUGCUUAGCACUGUCUUAUUACGGCGUUAUGGGAAAACGGGAGCUUUUGCAGGAACUUUUUGUGUUAAUUUUUCUGUGCAUCCUAGGUGGCUUGCGUAUUCGCAAAGGCUGUAGACUAAUUCAGCCAUUAAAUGAAUGUUAUUAUACCAAUGAAGUACCUGCCAAAUGA